AUGGAAAGCCUUCCCUUCACAGCUUACAGACCGUAUGAUGACACCAAAGGAUGGAAGGAGCUCUUCAACUCCUACUUUGACAGCAUCCGUGCUGCCUGUCGAAAUCUCGUGGCUUUGAGGAUGCACGGUAUUUUUUGGCUUUCAGUGGGCGACACGAAUUUGAGAACAACAGAGUUUUUCAUGCGCUUCCAACUUGGAGAUUCGUGGCCUCGUUCCAUUGAGAGAGAGCUAUUCUUUGCACAGGGUGCCCAGGGCGGAGAAGAUGGGCAUGUGAACGUUCAAGGCAUCGAUGGCACCACAUUUCAACUCAUGAUGGACGAUGCCAUGAAAUUUUGGGAAGUGCUGCAGAAAAUCGAAGCUGAAGUUGGUACGAUGCUGGUGCUGAUGUCGGGCGGUCGUGUACUUGAUAUGGCUGAGUCCUCGCCAGUGUUGCCAGAGGUGAGCGGUGACGAGAUCACCUUUCUUGUGCAGCCAGUGGGUGCGGGGCACGCAUGUGUAAGUUUGCUACGUGCACUGGAGGGUCGUAAUGUGCUGGCCACUGAUUUGCAAGCCCUGAAUACCAUUCAUUCCUUGACUGUAGAAGCAGACCUGCGCCUUGAUGCGACUACUAUUUUGCCACGCGGUCUGCAGACUUUAUCGCUUGGAGAUGAGUGUUCAAAGCAGAGGUUGCAAGGGCUUCUGUUGCCAAGCUGCUUGCAGUCACUGACAUUUGGCCAGGAUUUCAACCAAAGCUUAGAAGGCAUUGAGCUACCAAGCAACCUACAGGUGUUGACUUUUGGCACGUGCUUCAACCAGAGCCUACGAGGAUACAAGCUGCCAGGCAGCCUGCAGAAAUUGGAAUUCGGUCUGCAUUUCAACCAGAACUUGGAGGGUGUUACGUUGCCAUGCGAUUUCAACCAGAGCCUGGCCAAGACGAAGCUGCCAGACAGCCUUCAACAGCUGGUGCUCGGAGUGGUGCUGCCAAACAGUCUACAGACUUUGGUGUUUGGCAACGCUCGCUUCAAGAAGGACCUGGAAGGUGUCACACUGCCCAGCAGCCUUCAAGCUUUGACCUUUGGCACAGGCUUGACGGAAUCCCUGGAUGGCGUCUCCUGGCCCAGCGACCUGAAGAUGCUGACGCUUGGGGAUUUUUGGAACCAUAGCUUGCUAGGUGUUGCACUGCCAAGCGGCCUGCAGACAUUGACAUUCGGGGCACAGUUCAACCAGAGUCUUCUAGGAGUCACUUUUCCGGACAACCUGCAGACACUGACUUUCGGUGACAAGUACAACCAAAGCCUGCAGGGGGUCACACUGCCCGGCAGUUUGAGGGUGCUUGCAUUUGGUGGGUAUCACAACCAGACUAUGGAAGGUGUCGCGCUGCCUAGCAGCUUAGAGGAUUUGACCUUUGGAAGAGAUUUCGACCACAGUUUGAGAGAUGUUGUGCUGCCAAGCAAGUUGGAGACGUUGACUUUCGUGGGUGAGUACACGCAAAGCUGGCAGGGCGUGGAGUUGCCAAGCGGCUUGCGCAAAUUGAUCUUCGGCCCUAGUUUCAAUUCACCCUUGACAGAGCUUACCAUGCCAACAGGGCUACAGGAAUUGAAGUUCGGCUAU